AUGGCUUACGAUUAUGGCUAUAUAAAAAUAGUUGAGCCGCUCAUAGCCAUUAUAACUGAUCUAACACAUGAGUCACGUUUAUCAACUGAAAUAAAACUAAGCGCUAAUCAAUCUUAUGAUUCUGGAGAAAGAUCGAUGGGCUUUAUUGGCAUAAGCUUUACUUGGUUCUGUAGAUUGGAAAAUGAAUUGUUUCCGGAAUCUAUUGUAGAACAUGUUGUGGACGUAGCACGGGGAAGGGAGGCAGGUCACCGUGGCUGUUAUGGAUAUGGGCCUGGCAGGCUUACCCCAAGAGAUGUAUUGUUAAGCUUGGAUAUGAGAAAUAUGGUGAAAAGCAAGAAAUACAUCUUUAAGCUUCUUGUGGCUAAAGACGAUAGAAGUGCGAGUGCCGAGUACGAGUUUAAAGUCAGAUCACAGCAAGUUGUUGUUUCUGUAAGGUAAGGACUCGUGGGAACUUAGAGCGCAACAUUUUGAAGUAAAGUUAAGCUCGUGAUUAUUUUUCAAACUUUUUUUGAUCUAUUCUGGCUGCAGCCCUGCUAGCACUUUUUUUUUUCAGGUCUUGGGACUUUCUGUAAAAUACAGAUCAAUGGAGUGAACCAACAAUGCAAAUUUUUCAAACUUCGGAAAAGACAACCAAUACGUUUAAAGCAGACAUCUGCUUAUUGUACUUAACUGUAAAUAAGCCUGCUUAGAAUAAAUCAAAUUCAUUUUUUUCUGUCAGUCAUUCAAAACCAAUUAGAUAAUCCCUAUUUCCGAUAAUUUUGGACCAGUGAUAUCACAGCAGUCCGUGUUGUGUAAUAAAGAUUGUAAAAAAAGGCAGUUAUGAGGUGACUGUCCUACUUUAAGUGUGUGGUUUUGAAAGCGAAGAGUUUAAGGCUACGUUCAAAUGGCACCGGACGAAUUUCCGACCGGAUGAAAAAUUUAACCGGACAGUUCAUUGGCACCGAACCGUGGUACUGACGAGCCUGGUUGAAUUUUCACCUUUGUCCCAUGCACAGAGCAAAUCAAAAUGGCGUCUUCUUUGGGUACUACGCAUCCUUGUGUUACCAGUCCUUUUUGGUACGAAAAUUUAGACGGUUAUGGUUUUCAAAACGUGCCGGACGUUUUUUCAACCCAAUCGGCUAGAAAUUUGACCUCUUUUUUGGCAUUUAAAUUUUUGAAUGGCGAGGCGUCUAAAUUUUUGUACGAUUACGGUAGUUCCGAGAGAACAGAACACCGAAACGUACAAAUUUUCAACCAGUCGAGAUUUCGCGGUCUGGUGCUGCGUUUACGUAGCCUCAAUCGUCUCGUCAGAAUGGGAAAUUAUCUACGAAGGAGGUUUUGUUUAUUGUUUGUUUGUUUGUUUUUCUAGGUGUAUCUCAAAUUGUGGAGCAAAGGUGAGUCCUCAAGAUGGACUCAGUCUGGAGGCCAUUUGUUACGGAGAACUUUGCAAAAAAACGUCUAGUUAUAAAUGGAGUUUGCAUUUAGUUAGUUUCUCUCGGGAUACUUUCUCCAUUUUGGACGUCUCCGAUGCAGCAGUCAAACCAUCAAAGAGCAAAAAUCAUGUUUUGAUUAAUAUUUCCAAAUUACACCGUGACACUGCAAGAAAGCGUUUAUAUUACCUGGUUAAAGCUGUGAUCCAUCUUGACGACCAUAUAGAAGUCGAAGGAAACUUUUCUUUCGUGGUCAACUCACCACCCCAGAGGAUGACAUCGGAAGCUUUCUGUGACGUAAAUCCAUCGGAAGGAGAGGCCGUUUCAACUCAUUUCAGAAUUAGGUGUUUAGGAUGGUACGAUGAAGAUCAACCGCUGACAUACCUAUUUAGAUAUGGAGGAAAACAUGACAUGAUCGUCAUUCAAACCGGACAGUUAAACAAUAUUAGUACAAAACUUCCAAUCGGAGAUCCUGACAAGGAUUACACUCUGGUGUUGGAGGCACUUGUUGGAGACUCUUUCAAGGAUUUCACCAUAACCACACUGACAGUUAAGGUAGGAAACUUUUGCGGCCCUCUUCAUAUCAUUGUCGAAUACGUUUGGACUUGUUUUACAGAAUACAACUACUCUUUUUUUAAUUAAGUCUUCUCAUUGUUCAAGUGUCUGCAGUAAAGGGCCCCACAGGUAAGGCCGGCCAACUGCCCGGACCAACUGUUCUUUUUCGUCAAUUUUUUUUGUCCUUCUUGGAAGAUGCGAACUGGAUCAACAAGCGUAUUUAAAGGCAUUUAUCAUUCUCAUAUGACUAUUUUCCUAUUUCGUUUUAUUCAAUUAGGCGUUGUAACCCAUUAAAUUAAAAUCUGUAGAGUUAGGCCCUAAAUGUCGACGUCAGUACUGCGGGGGUGUGUUCGAGCUAAGCAACAAUUCCGGUGACUUCUCUCCCGAGCAGCUAAUACAUUACCCAGAAUUUUGGUACAAGUAAAAACAAAAAGACGAAAACAGGAAAAAACCUAUGUGGAAAAAUCAAGACUGACCUUGAACCACUUAAUGAAACAAAAACGAAACUUAAAAGAAAAGACAAAUCCUGAAAAAAGAUAAUAACUUUCAAAAUACUUCACAACAGUACUGAUGAGAGGAUAUACAGGAUAUUUGACAAUACUUUUUCUAUCGUGGGUGCGAUUAUUUCAAAGAACUUACUGCAAUAUUUCACACCAAAGCAAGCUCUGAGGUAAGACAUUCUAUUGUUUAUAUUAUAUGACUUUCUCUUUUCUAGGUGCGUCCACCAAAGCCAUCUGAACUUAACGACCAAUUUGUUGACCACCAACUUACCACCAUUCGUAGUUUCAUUGAAGCUGGUGAUGCUAACAGAGCAACUGAACUUGCUAUUAUGUUAAUGUCAGCUGUGAAAAGCUUGAAAGACAAGACGUAUAACAAAAUGGCACUAAGUUAUUAAAUAUUAAUAUCAAAGUGUUAAUAUUUAUGGUUUUUCUGACAGGGCGACAUUCUUCUAGACAUGAUUGAUAUUAAUGUCACAAGCAUUGCCCACGUAACACAAGUCGCUGCUGUUGUUCUCUGGGCGACCGAAAAGAAAACCACAAUUUCGCAGAAAAUACAAGUAAGUUGAAGGACAAUUUAACGUUUGUAGUAUAGUAUCCAUGAAUUACCGUUGAAAUGUCCGAAUAAGGGCAUAACCCGUACAAAUUAAAAUAAUUUGUAAUUUAUCUAACAGGUUAUACAAAUCAGAAGGGCAACAAAAUCUCAUAGAACAUGACCUAACCUACCUUACAAACCAAGAAACGGACUAAAGCAUUCAAACUAUGAUCUUGAAAAAACUAUGAAAAAAUAACUAUCAACACUAAAACGUUGAUCUCGAAACUAAUCUCGAAAAGUUGUAAAAUGACAGUUUAAACAAAUUAAUAAAAUCUGGAAAAAAAAAUUUUUCUUUGCCCCCUGCUGUAGCUUUUAUCAGAGUUUUGGAAACAUCAAAUAACUUGCAAGUGAUCAAGACGAGUUUUGCCUUCUUACAGAAAAAAAAUGAGAGAACAUCUAUACUCCCCUUGAAGCUUCACAAGUUUUCUGUAGUAAACGGAACAAUCGUCUUGACUUGAUAGUUUUUAUCAUAACUCCGAUCGAUAACUCCGGCUAUAGCACUUAAUGGAAAUUCAGUUUAACAGUUUUUAAGUCAUUUCAGUCUCAAACCUUUUACGAUAAUAAAACACAAUGUUCAUGUACAUUGGAUAAAAUAGCUGUGGGAUUAUCAUGCGUAAAAUAAUGUAUUUUUUUGAAUAUGCUGUUAUGAAGUCUACUAUUGCUGCAUUUCCUCUCAUAUCAUUUGAUGUAAUUUGCUACUUCAUUAGGAAAGAGCACUGACUUUGAUAUCUGAAGCCACAAUUUUUAUGAUGACCGAAUUUAACUCCAACAGCACCCAUGAUGCCAAGCUAGCUCUGAAUGUUAGCAAAGUCUUGCUUGACAGUUUGGGGGGUAUUUUACAAGUAUCAUCCAGAGAUGCUAAACAGGAUCAGCGAAACGUGUCUGGACAAGUGAGGAUUACUUAUCAGUAACAAUUGAUUUCUUUCUUGGAUUAAUUUGCCUUGCAAAACCCAAUCAACCACAUCUCGCAGUUGAAUACUUGAUUAAAGGUAGUUUUUAAACAUUUUUUUUAAUUUACUUGAAACAGUUUCGGUGCAAUUUUGAUACUCUCCUAACAAUCCAAUAAGAAUCCAAUAGUGUACGAAGCGGGAAACUACCCUCUUAUAUAACUGCCAGAACGUUUUGUUUAGUCUGAAGCUGAUGACGAAAAAGGGCUUCAACGAGAUUCGAACCCAUGGCUUAGCUCUGUGUUUGUCGAAUCCUCCUGAAGUCCUACUUCUUUCGGGCUUAAUUUACAGUUUCUUAAAUUGCGAUUACCAAUGCGAUGGUCAUAAUUUUAUAUAGAGAGGAUUUUAUUUAUUAUUUUCGUCUCUAUCUAUCAAAGCCUUUUGGAGCUGUACCUAACUCCCUUAUUCUCGUUUGUGCCACAGGGUAGGCAGUUGACCAUAAAGGCGAUUGCGUUAGUCAGGAAGGUCGCCGAGGCCCUCUCCUUAAUCCGUCACAACCACAAAAGAAGAACUGUAGUCAAGUCUGAUUUUGUGGAUAUCAUAAUUUACAAAGAAAAACCAGAUAUUAUGGCAGGUCAAAACUUCACUGAGGAAAAUGGAAGCGUUUUUGUUCCUGAAUCCGUAAUGAAAACACUACCAAACACUGACGACAAAAUUUCAUUGCAGGUGAGUGGAGUGUAUUGAUGUCAGCGUACUUUCUCAGGGGCCGAUGGCAACAAAUAAUGUUUGUUACUUUACGUUUACUAUUCAUAUUACAAAGCAGCAGGUGUAACGGCUUCUUUUCGAUCCUUCCUGGGUGAAAAUUGAAUGUUAAGAAAACAACAGCAACAAAUUAAGAGCCUUUUGAUUCAUGGUGAUAAUUCUGCUGGCUUUUUUUUUUCAGUUAAUAUCAUUUCAGUCCAAUCCUUACACAUGGGAUGCACGUAUGUUGGGCAUCGAUUCUAUGGUAAUUGAUGUCAUUGUCAGAACUAAAAACAGCUUGCAAAUCAAGAUCACCAACCUAAGUGAGCCAAUAGGUCUAUACAUAACAAACAAACGGAAACAAGAACCAUCAAGAGAGCACCGACAUUUGUUUUUACAGCCAGGAAUUGUUCAGUAUCAUAGCCUGGUCAUCCCAUCCGAGGAACAUGUGGCUUCACUCAGAAUUUUCAACAAUGAAAGCCGUCGCUUCACCAUUUAUAUUGGGAGAGGAUUCAAACCGAACUCUGACAAUUACACUUCUAUUGCGGUACUUCCAGAAUUUUCUUCUUGUCAGCCAGGACUCUCCAACUGUUCUACUGACCCUCAUACCCUUAAUCUUAUAAGUUAUGAGCCUGGCCUGUACUACGUCGGCAUCAACUUAGAUGAAAUACAAAACGCUUCAAAAGUACGAAGAUCUUGCACAGGAGAUGACAGACGGAAAACGAGGUCUUGA